AUCUGCUUUAUCUGUCUUCCCUAGAAUAAUCUGUGGUUGGGUUUAGUUUGUUGAACCACUGCAACAUAUAUUAACAACUUGCAUCAGAAAGUAGAUUGUUUUUGUUUUUAAGUAGUUGGACCGAUUUAAUGCUGCAGUGAGUGUGCAGUUAGUGUGCAGUGUGUGGGUUUGUGUGUGAGGAAGCAGUGUGGUUGUCGCAUCAGAGAUGUUAGAGCUGAGACACUUCCUCGUCCUUUUUUAUUCUCAUCACGGACCUGCAGAGAAAAUCAACGGCUCACAAACAAGACUGACCUCACAUUGUCUUUUAUCACUAUUAAAGUAGUUGACCAAGUGUAUGUGUGACAUUAAGAAGAACUGUUGGAAUUUAAAAGUCUGAAGACUGAUUUUAGGUGUUGAGCGGUUCGUCCUCCUUAUUGUGUGAUGCCUCGUUCUUUCUUGGUAAAGCGAGGAGGGCUUCACUACCUUGUAAAAAAGACGGGGGCCUGGGACAAACCCCUGAAGUUCUCCACACCAGGAAGUCCCGAUGGUAGCACAGUGCCCAUCACUUUACUGCAGCAGCCUGCAGACAGCCACUCUAAAGGAAGUGACCUUCAGCCAUUCAGCCCCAUAACUUAUGACCGUAGAUCUGCUCAGUCCUGCAGUCCUUUUAGUCCUGUGGAGAAAGUCGAGUCUUGCCCUCACACACCAGCGGUCUGGUCCAGGCCUCAUGUACACUCAGGAUAUCCAGACAAACUGUCUGUGGGACUGGGAUGUUUGACCCAGCACCCUCACAUCCUGCGGGAGACCAGGAGCAGCGGGUGCUUGAAGAUCAGUGCCGGGAGACAAGAGUGUCCAAUCUGUAGCAAAAUAUUUUCAUGUCUGUCAAGUUUGAAGACUCACAUAUGCAAGAGUCAUGGCAGCAGCUCACCAGCACACAUCAAGUCCAGCAGGACAGAUAGUGAGCGGUCACCAUGCAGGGGCAAGGAGAGGUCGUUUGGCUGUACAGUGUGUGGGAAAGUGUUCAAGCGCUCCUCCACCCUCUCCACUCACCUCCUCAUACAUUCAGACAUCCGGCCGUACCCCUGCCAGUACUGCGGCAAAAGGUUCCACCAGAAGUCCGACAUGAAGAAACACACCUUCAUACACACCGGUGAGAAGCCCCACGUGUGUCAGAUAUGUGGGAAGGCCUUCAGCCAGAGCUCCAACCUCAUCACCCACAGCCGUAAACACAGGGACGAGCGGCCCUACCGCUGUCCUCGCUGCCUCUACGGCUUCCAGCACAAAGUGGACCUCCGGCAGCACCAGGAGCACCACUGCAACUACCGCUGACCCUGACCCAUCCUCAGCCUUUUUUUUUUAACGAAACCAGCGGCAUCACAUUCAGGACAGAAAACGUUUACUUUUGAAUUAUGUUUAUUUAGUUUAGGUUUUGACAAAUAACACAGCAGGGUUUUCAUUCAUCAUUUACAGAAUUUGUUCUUGUUAUGAACAGCUUUUAAAAGGCUUUAAUAGUCCCUUUUUUCUUUGUACCAAUGAGCUCUGGCAACAACAUCAUUAGAGUAGUCUCCAUGUGUUGUGUAUAAAUCCACAUCUUCAUAGCUCUUGACUUUACCAUCCCUAUUGUAGGCUGCUAUCCCUCCUACGGAGAAAUAAACACAAAUAAGAACAAACAUAAUUAAAAGUUUGAACAGA